CAGGGGGCUUCCCGUUGGUGGGAACACGUGGAGGAAAGAGAGAAACAUGGAACCGGACGCGAGUGUGAGUCAGGAAUCUCUCGGAAUUCUCCUCGCUACCGUCCUGCUUGGAGCAUGCAUCCUCUUCCUCUAUAUCCGCAAGCUCCUCGGCUCUGCGUCAAAAACCGACGAAAGUCAAGGAGAUCAGCAAAGUGCAGCUCAAGGAAAAGAUCCUGUGACCUAUGGGCAAGCAGACAGUCAGAAAAGCAAGAAGAGAUUAGAGAAGUCGUCCAGGGAAACCAAGUCCACAUUUUCUCAUUCCUGGCUCUUUACAUCUUUGAAGGGGCAUAUAGGACGGGUGUUGGACCUUGAUUUCAGUCCUAACGGGAAGUGGAUUGCCACUUGUGCUGAUGAUAUGACUGCAGAAUCAGGCAGAGUGGAGGUCCAGUCAAGCUCAAGAGACAGGGAGCAGACAAUAACCACACGUGAGCCAGGAAGGAAGAAACAGAAGCGUAAGAGAGCCAAGCAGAAACAAGACAGUGAAAUGAAAAAGGAAGUCCAUCUCUCAUGUCCUGCUUUUAGAGCAAAGCCCAUGCAAGAGCAAACCCUGAAAAUGUACCAGACAUUACACUGCACAAAUGGCCAGCUGUACAAUUUGAUGAAGAAUUAUCUGGUGAAAUCCCAACAACUUCAAGUCCUUGGCUUUCCGUUUCGAGGCUGUCAGAAUCCUAAAGAUGCAUAUGUGUACAUUGUGCAUAAGAAAAAAGUAGCCAGUGCUCCAGCUGAAGACUCAGAUUCAGAAUUUAGUGCAAGCAGUGACAUAAAGAGUGAAUCCCUUGCUGCAGAUGCAUUGGCAGAACUGUCAUCUGCACUGAAGAGUCCCCAAUCUUCUGAAUCUUCCACAGAGAAACUGUGCGUUCGUUGUCACAUGCCAUUCCAUGUCACAUCCAAAGGUGAAUACAUCACUCAUGACCCCUGUGUGUACCACUGGGGACGUUUGAUGAAUGCAGACCGCAGGGGAUAUGCUCCUCGGUUUUAUUCAUGUUGCAAGGGGGGUGUGUCCAGUGAAGGUUGUGCCCAGUGUGAUCUUCAUGUGUGGACUGGGAUUCAGCCUGGUCUCAAUGGACCAUAUGAUGGCUUUGUGUCAACACAGCCAGCACGUUUCAUCCCAGCUGAUGGAAACUAUGGCAUUUAUGCUCUUGACUGUGAGAUGUACUUUACAGCCAAGGGCCUCCAGCUGGCCAAAGUCACUGUGUUGGAUCUGAGGGGGAAGUUGGUUUACGAGAAACUGGUGUGUUCUGAUGACUAUGUUGUUGACUACAACACCCGUUUCUCAGGCAUUACUGCUAGACAUCUUGAAGGUGUGACUCAAACCUUGGAAGACAUUCAACAAGAACUGCUGACCUUCAUCCAUGCAGAGUCCAUUCUUAUUGGACAUGGAGUUGAAAAUGAUCUCCGUGCCCUUAGGGUGAUCCACAAUAAUGUUGUGGAUACAUCUAUGCUAUUUCCACACUUCUUGGGCUUCCCAUACCGUCGCUCAUUGAAGUCACUGGCAAGAAGUGUACUGAGGAAAAAGAUUCAGGCAAAUAGUGAAGGCCAUGACAGCCAUGAAGAUGCACUCAUCAGCCUGGAACUUGUAUUGUCCCAGUUGAGAUCUGACCUACUUACAUCAAGAUCUCCCCAGACUUCACUGUUACCUGUGAAUCAUCAGGCUACCCCUACCAUUGCACAGGACCUGGACCAGAAAGAUCAUAAGAGCAUUCGUGCCAAUGUGGAGUAUGACCAUGCAGUCAAGGUCAAGUGGAGUCCAGACUCCAAAGCCUUCAUCGUUUUCAAGGCCCAGGAAGGAGUUGUUGAGGUCUACAAGGUCAGCAAGAAACCCGAUAGCAAGCUUGGAGACUUCCAAGUGGCUCUUACUUUUCCUAAGAAGCAUGAAGGAGACUGUGUUGGUCUGGGCAUAGCCUGUGAUGGCAAGUACAUCAUGACCUGUUCCAACCGGAAUGACCUUGUUAUCUGGGAUCUGAAGGGAGAAGUCUUGGCCCAACAGGACACUCAUCAGGUUGACACCUACUCAGCUCUCAUUUCACCAUGUGGACGAUUUGUUGCCACCUCUGGCUUCACACCUGAUGUGAAGGUGUGGGAGGUGAAGUUCACACGUACAGGUGAAUUCAGUGGCCUUGUGAGAGCAUUUGAGUUGAAGGGACAUAAUUCUGGUGUUUACUCCUUUGGAUUUAACACCGACUCAACCAAAGCUGCUACAGUGUCAAAGGAUGGCACCUGGAAACUCUACGAUACCAACAUUGAGUAUGAGAAGGGUCAAGAACCGCAUCUGAUCUCAACCAACAAGUAUGAGAGUCAGCCAGGCGAGAAAACAUUAUUGGCAUUGAGUCCUGAUGGCCGAACGGUGGCCAUCACUUCAGGCAAUGAUCUGCUUCUUUUCUCGGCCAUCUCAGGGAAUCUUGAAAAGCGCAUCUCCAACAUUCACACAGGUGGGAUCAUGGCAGUGAUGUUUGAUCCCUCCAACAAACUGGUGCUGACUGCUGGGGACAGACAGGUGCGGAUGUUCCAUAACGUGGUUGGGUACAAGGCAACCAUAGAAGAGCUGGAGGGGAAAAGGAAGACUGCAACCACUGUUGCCAUGAGGGAGAGGAUCAUACAGCAGAUAUCAGAAGCGAAGGCUUUCCUCCAAUCUCUCCAAUGACUCCCACCGCUUCCAUCAUUUGCCUGUGUUCCAAGAGGAAUACAUUUUUUAGGCGGCAUAGCCUAUGACGCUAUGACCCCCAGAAUUUAUUUCUUGUUUUUGACUCCACUUCCACACAUUGCCUGUUUCAUCUCCCAAAGAAUAACGGAUUGGCAAAUUAGGUUCUGAGCACUGGACAGAAUUAUAAAAAUAAAUAGUAAAGUGUGCACAAAAGGUGCUAUGGGGUGGAUGAGGGAGAAGAGUAAGAGAUAGAAACCAAACAGUAGCGAGCCUUCUGCAUAGGGCGCCUAAAACCUUUAUCCAGCCCUGAAAAAAAAAGUUUAUUACGCAGUUAAUACUUUGCCUACUAUUUAACACCUAAGUAAACAGAAACAAAGUUUUUGUGUACGAGAUGAAGC